CUGCCUGCCUGACUGUGGAGCUCUCUAGACCAUAGAUUCCUCCUUCACUCUAGCAAAAGAAGAUGUUGUCUAAUCUGAGGAUCCUGCUCAGCAAUGCAGCUCUUAGAAAGGGUCACAUUUCCGUGGUUCGAAACUUUCGGUGUGGAAAGCCAGUACAGAGUCAAGUACAGCUGAAAGGCCGUGACCUCCUCACCCUGAAGAACUUCACAGGAGAGGAGAUUCAGUACAUGCUAUGGCUCUCUGCAGAUCUGAAAUUCAGGAUCAAGCAGAAAGGAGAAUAUUUGCCUUUAUUGCAAGGAAAAUCCUUAGGAAUGAUUUUUGAGAAAAGAAGUACUCGAACAAGACUGUCCACAGAAACAGGCUUUGCUCUUCUGGGAGGACACCCUUCUUUUCUUACCACACAAGACAUUCACUUGGGUGUGAAUGAAAGUCUCAUAGACACAGCUCGUGUAUUAUCCAGCAUGACAGAUGCAGUGUUAGCUCGAGUGUAUAAACAAUCAGAUCUGGACAUUCUGGCUAAAGAAGCAUCCAUCCCAAUUGUCAACGGACUGUCAGACUUGUAUCAUCCUAUCCAGAUCCUGGCUGAUUACCUUACACUCCAGGAACACUAUGGCUCUCUCAAAGGUCUUACCCUCAGCUGGAUAGGGGAUGGGAACAAUAUCCUGCACUCCAUCAUGAUGAGUGCUGCAAAAUUCGGGAUGCACCUUCAAGCAGCUACUCCAAAGGGUUAUGAGCCAGACCCUAAUAUAGUCAAACUAGCAGAGCAGUAUGCCAAGGAAAAUGGUACCAGGUUGUCAAUGACAAAUGAUCCAUUGGAAGCAGCACGUGGAGGCAAUGUAUUAAUUACAGAUACUUGGAUAAGCAUGGGACAAGAGGAUGAGAAGAAAAAGCGUCUUCAAGCUUUCCAAGGUUACCAGGUUACAAUGAAGACUGCUAAAGUGGCUGCGUCUGACUGGACAUUUUUACACUGCUUGCCAAGAAAGCCAGAAGAAGUGGAUGAUGAAGUGUUUUAUUCUCCACGGUCGUUAGUGUUCCCAGAAGCGGAAAACAGAAAGUGGACAAUUAUGGUCUCACUGGAGUCUCACCGGAGUCUCACCGUGCCCAUUGCCUUGGACCACUCUUAUUAUAAAAAGACUUAGCAUAAUGUAAUAAAAUUCCGAAAGGGGCAAGCUAUACCAAAGUGACUGCAGAGAGUCUAACGGUGCUGCCCUGGCUGUCAAGAAACCACUUCUACCAACUGGCUUCAAAACAAACCAUCUGUGUCAUCUUGGAUAAAUUGUCUCAACCUUCAGUGGACUCACCCAUAAAAAUGAGUCCACUGAGUCACAGAGAUUACAAAUGAGGGAUAAUUUUACUUAGGUCAUGAAUGUCAUCAAUAGGCUAGUUUGAGCCCUAUGUGGAGAGGAAUCUUGGGUCUGUCUAUGGUAUAGAACAGAAAGAGAGGCAUAACUGAUGAAUUAACACUCUUGACUUGAAUGCUGAGAAGGUGGCAGUCGAUGGCUGUGUCCUUGUGCCUGUGUAGGAGGAUUUGGAGGUCUCCUGGAGUUCAUUUCCUUUCCAUCACGUGAUUUGCGCUUCUAAACUUUGCCAGAUUCUCUGCCCGGCAUUGUGGAAUUUAAAAUGAAAAUAAAAAAGAGCGAUAUGCAUCCCUCAAACAGCCUGUUACAAUUUUUUUUAAGUGCAGAGCAUUUUCAAGCAGGAUGAGACCUUGGAGGUCAUUUGGACUGCAUUCCUGUUUUAAAGGCAAUAAAAUUAUUCUCUGCUUGUUCAGAAUGGCCUUUAGAUUCAACACUGCUGUGAUAAUUUGUUUUUGCAGGAUGCUUUAAAUGGACAAUAUCCUACAAUUGUUCUGUCAAUCCAGAAGCCACUGGGUACAUAUAGCUAUUUAAAUUUAUAUUAAACUUUUAAAAAUUAAAGAUAUAAUUCCUUGGCCAAACUAACCUCCAACCCCACAUUAAGUGUUCAGUAUUGUCCGUAGCUAUGGCUACCAUAUUAGACAGCACAGGCAGGGCAUUUUCACCAAUGCUGACAGUUUUAAUGAACAGCACUCCUCUAGCGAAUGAUUUUCUACUAAAUGACUUCAUUUAAAAUCAGGAUAGAAGCAAGAAGAAAAGAUACUACCUGGCUUCCACACUUGAGAUACAUUGUAAGGUAUAUCAUUCCAAGAAUGUAGAGAAAGCCUGUUCCUAACCUGUGUAAGAUCACCAAAGCAAAAGUGUGCUGUAAGAGUCUCUUUAUAAGGCCUCUACAUUAAGUAUUUUCCAACAAAUCUACUCCCAACACAAUGUUCGCUCCAUAGUGCACAUAUUUUUUUUAAAUCAGAAACAAAAAGCACACAUGUUCCUCCGCAGAAAAUUUGUUUUUGUAUUUUUCCGUGAUUAGUGAGAAAGCAAUACUUACAAAACUACUGAUACAUUUUCCCCCCUGUAUACAUCUUUUUAACAUAUAGUACAAAAGUAACCUAAAGAGACUCUUUUUCAAAUGCUACACUUAACGGCACUGUUAUCUGGAUGGAUGUCCUGAAGUAUGUAACACCUUUGCAAAUACAAUUCAUAAUAUUCAAAAUCAUUCACCCCUCUCCAAGCUAAGACUACCAUAUAAAAUACAGUAUGCCCAGUUAAAUUGCAACUUCAGAUAAACAAUUUUUAUAUAAGUGUGUUCUGCACACUAUUUAUAACAUACUUAUAGCAAGAAAGCGUAUUGUUUAAAUGUAAUUUUUGACUGUUUGGCGAAACUGUCCAUUCCUAGUUUUUUUUGUUUGUUUAUUUUGUUUUGGGGAAGCUAAGCUUGACAUGUUGUAUGACUCUGCACAAUAAAGGAAAACCUGAGAUGCAGACCUGAAACCCCUAAAAGAACUUGAACAGUUUUACCUGUUACAUGGCCCUCCCUUCCCCCAGAAUGUCCUCCCGGGGUCCUUUUUGACAGUGUCCUGCUUUACCAAGGUCUCCUUAGGCUGUCCAAUCUCCAGCAUCCUUUUAACCACUUUAAAAUUUUAUUGUCUAUGAGUAAAA